AGCUGUUCGUAAUUCAAACAAAGGAAUGAAGAUAUCACAGAGCUUGCUUUUCGUCCUCUUGAUCGCCGUUUGCGCGGCCUACGACAACGGCCAAUAUGACGGCCCUGAUGAGGUGGAGUUACGUCUACUCGAGCCAGCUGUCGUGCCGGACCCGGUCGAUGGAAUUAGCCGUUGGUGGUACACUCCAUCCCGGAAGGCCCAUAUCUAUCGCCCAAAGUACCCGAAAAACAUUGAGAUGCAGCCGAGACAAGGAGAAGAUUUGCGGCUACCAGGAAACAUUUUGCCUCGCCUCUACACUGUCCGCCUUCUACCGUUCAUUCAAGUGGGCAACUGGACAACCGAUGGAUACGUCGAAAUCCUCGUCGAUUGCGUCAUCUCAACUGUCAACAUCUCCAUGAACAGUCUUGAUCUAACCAUCGAUCUAACUUCUAUAACGGUAACGGAUGAACAGACUGGCAAUCCGAUUAACGUCGUCAAUUUCAUCGAUGAACAAUCGACUCGUGAGCUCAUUACGAUCCAAGUGUCUCAGCCUUUGACAGUCGGUAGACAGUACAAGAUUACCAUGAAAUUCAUUUCGAUUUUGAACGCUCUGUUGGCGGGAUUUUACCGAUCGUCUUACGUCGAGAACGGCGUGACCAAGUAUCUAGCCGUGACUCAAUUUGAAGCUACCGAUGCCCGCCGUUCUUUCCCUUGCUUCGACGAGCCCACCAUGAAAGCUAAUUUCACUGUCACGCUCGGCCGUCCGGAGACCUGGACUUCUACCAGCAACAUGCCACUGAUCACCACCGAGCCAAUUGAUGGAAUGCCUGGAUACGUUUGGGACAACUACCAGACUUCAGUGAUUAUGUCCUCGUAUCUUGUGGCUUUUAUGGUGUCGGAUUUCAUUGGCAUUCCGGCAGAACCGGGACUCAGCAACGUCGAGUUCCGCAUUUGGGCCCGACCGGAUGCCCGCAAUCUUACAGAUUACUCACGAGAUAUCGGCCCACGAAUUUUGGAAUUCUUCGAGAGCUUCUACAACAUCGACUACCCACUACCCAAACAAGAUAUGGCCGCCAUUCCGGACUUUGCCGCAGGAGCUAUGGAAAAUUGGGGUUUGAUUACCUACAGGGAACAAUAUCUACUCGUAGAUCCCAACACUGCUACCGCACGUGCAAUUCAAUUGGCCGCAGUCGUGAGCGCUCACGAACUCGCUCAUCAGUGGUUUGGCAAUUUAGUCACAAUGGAUUGGUGGAACGCUUUGUGGUUGAACGAAGGAUUUGCUUCGUACAUGGAAUACCUCGGCACGGAUGCGGUGGAGCCGGAUUUCAAGAUGAACGACCAAUUUAUUCUGGAAAAUUUGCAAUACGUUUUCGGCAUCGACGCGCUGGAGACUUCGAGACCCAUCAACAUCGAGGUCAACACACCCGCCGAAAUCAAUUCCAUGUUUGAUGCCAUUUCCUACGAGAAAGGGUCCUGUGUCAUCCGAAUGUGCGCAGAUUUUAUCGGUUUCGAAACUUUUCAACGCGGUCUGACUCGUUACCUCAACGACAAUGCUUACGGCAAUGCUGGACAAGACAACUUGUGGGCCGCUCUCCAAACUCAAGCUGACUCGGAAAACGUCCUCCUUCCAGCAACUGUCAAAGAGAUCAUGGAUACUUGGACGUUCAAAAUGGGUUUCCCUCUCAUUACGGUGACUCGAAACUAUCAAACGGGCGGCGCCACCGUGACUCAGAACCGGUUUUUGCUGCGCAAGAGCAACGACUCCACAGACCCAACUGUUUAUCAAUGGUGGGUCCCUCUAACGUACACCAGUGACUACACUCAGACACCCAGCAAAGAUUGGCUAUCAGUUGACGAAGUCAGCAAAACUUUGCCUAGCUUAGGAGCCGCUGCUAAUCAAUGGGUCGUCUUUAACGUCGAUCAACAGAAUUAUUACCGAGUGGCUUACGAUGCCGUCAAUUACGGGCUCAUUCGUGAUCAGCUGAUUGCCGAUCAUCAACGCGUCUCCGAUAACAAUCGAGCUCAGCUACUCGACGACGCCUUCACGUUGGCUUUGACAGAGUUGAUACCUUACAGCGAAGCACUCGACCUCACUUUGUACCUGAAAAACGAACGAGAUUACGUGCCGUGGCACGCAGUCCUUUCCGAGCUGAAUUACAUCGAUAUUAUGCUUUACAAUUUCGCAGAAUUCCCCAACUGGAAGAAUUACAUGACUAGCAUCGUCGAGCCUUAUUACACGGCCAUCGGGUUCCAGGAGACGCAGGCCGAUCCUCAUUUGAUUAAAUACAGUCGCAUCGACGCCAUGAACUGGGCAUGCAGAUUGGGCGUCGCCGAUUGCGUCCAAAACUCGCUAAGCACGUAUGCCACGCUGAUGAGCCAACCUGACAAUCUCGCCCAGAUUGUUUCGCCGAAUGAAAAAUCAACAAUUUUACGAACUGCUAUCGAAAACGGCGGCCAGGCCGAAUACGAUUUCGCUUUCAAUCAAUACAAAACGAAAGGAGAUACAAGCUUCUUGGUUGCCAUGUGCGCUAGCAAACAAGCUGCUGUGCUUUCAGGGUUGCUGGACAUGUUGCUGGACCCCACUUCAGGAAUUUUGAGGUCGGACGUCAACCUCGUCUUCAACAACGUGGCAAAUAAUCCUAUCGGCAAUGAAAUCGCACUUGAUUUCUUGAUCAAUAGAUGGGACGAUAUUCAAAACGCACUUGGAUCUACUUACUUCGGCACUUGGUAUCGCUACGUUUGCACUCGCCAAAACACACAAGCUGGGCUGGACAAGCUAAUUCAACUGCGUGACGCCCACCCGCUCAUUUUGGGUAAUUCCAACAGCGUCAAACAAGGACUACAAACGGUCGAAUCAAACAUACAAUGGGUUUCCCUCAACGAAGGGGAAAUUGGCAUCUGGCUGGCCGGCCAUCAAACAACAAAGGAUUUCGAAGCCAUUCGCCAAUAAAAACAAGAUGGUUUCCACGUUUCUGUUCAAUUCGUGGAGAGUGUUUAACUCUAUUUUCUGUUACAUUAGCAAUAGGAUAGCAAAUUCAAUAUAAAAGCAGGGUAAAAGUA